CUCUCCUCCUCUCUCCCAUCCGCACCAGGAAGCCGUUCUGGGCUGAUAUCGGAGUCUUUUUCCGCGUGUUACUGUAUUGUACUAUGAAUCUUGGGAGGGGGGCUCCUCUGAAGAUAAUCCGCAACUCAUUCACCCCUCCCUCCCCACCUAUCGUUUAGGCAUAGAAUUUAUAAGAGGGUGGACUUCAAAAGCGUUGAUUAAUGUAUUUAUUUUGAACAUUUUUGUUUAUGAUUUGGUUUUUAACACUCCAAGAGGGCAGAAAUGGCGGCCAACAUGUACCGGGUUGGAGAUUAUGUCUUCUUUGAGAAUUCGUCAAGCAACCCGUACCUGAUCAGAAGAAUAGAAGAGCUGAAUAAGACUGCGAGCGGAAAUGUGGAGGCCAAGGUGGUGUGUUUCUACAGGAGGAGAGACAUCUCACACAGCCUGAUCCAGUUGGCAGACAAACAUGCAAAGGACCUGGAGGAAGAGAGAGACAGCCCCUCAGAACCUGAGCUGUCAGAAAAACAAAAGCACCAGCUCCGCCACAGAGAACUCUUUCUGUCGCGCCAGUAUGAAUCCCUCCCAGCCACACACAUACGGGGGAAGUGCAGUGUUGCGCUUCUCAAUGAGACGGAGUCGGUGUUGUCCUACUUGGAUAAAGAGGAUACAUUCUUCUACUCGCUAGUGUACGAUCCCACACAGAAAACGCUGCUGGCCGACAAAGGGGAGAUUCGUGUGGGACCACGUUUUCAAGCAGAUGUCCCUGACAUGAUGCAAGAGGGUGUAGAUGAUGACAGAGAUCAGUCCAAGCUGGAGGAGCACAUGUGGGACCCAGAGUGCCCGCUGACCAACAAGCAGAUCGACCAAUUCCUGGUGGUGGCUCGGGCGGUGGGCACGUUCGCACGGGCUCUGGACUGCAGCAGCUCCGUCAGACAGCCCAGCUUACACAUGAGCGCAGCAGCCGCCUCACGAGACAUCACACUGUUCCACGCCAUGGACACGUUGCACCGGCACAACUACGACCUAUCGAGCGCCCUGAGUGUGCUGGUGCCCCAGGGAGGGCCGGUGCUGUGCCGCGACGAGAUGGAGGAGUGGAGCUCCUCCGAGGCCAAUCUGUUCGAGGAGGCGCUCGAGAAGUACGGCAAGGACUUCAACGACAUCCGGCAAGACUUUCUCCCGUGGAAGUCUCUGACCAGCAUCAUUGAGUAUUACUACAUGUGGAAGACCACAGACAGAUAUGUUCAACAGAAACGUUUGAAAGCAGCAGAGGCGGAAAGCAAACUGAAGCAGGUUUACAUCCCAACAUAUAAUAAGCCCAACCCCAACCAGAUCUCGCUGAGUAACGGCAAAAUGGCCACCAUGAACGGAGCUGCGGCUCCAGCAGGCUUCACACCCACGGGGGGCGGACGCGCCUGCGAGAGCUGCUUUGCCAUCCAGUCUGCACAGUGGUACUCAUGGGGCCCCCCCAACAUGCAGUGUCGCCUGUGCGUCGCCUGUUGGAUGUACUGGAAAAAGUACGGUGGCCUGAAGAUGCCAAGCAGAGCAGAGGGUGCUGAGGAGAGAACGCCUCCAAGCCCCACAUCUACUGAACCUCGUUCUCGCGGUCACGGCAUGCGCCAGUCCUCCCACAUGGUGCCGCAGCGCAACAGCGGCAGUCCCAAGUCCUCCAUGAAGACCAAACAGGCCUUCCUGCUGCAAGCCACGCGCCUCACCAAGCUGGCGCGCCACAUGUGCCGUGACCUCAUCAGGCUGCGCCGCGCCGCGCGCCGCCCCUUUGUGCCCAUUAACUGUGGGGCAAUAAAGGCGGAGUGUAAGAGCUCUUUAAAUUCCUAACUUCAAGUCCUCCCACACUCACCGACCUACACACACACACACACACACACACACACACACACACACACACACAGAGACAGACACACACACACACACACACACACACACACUCACGCACGGCCACCACAUUGCGCUGCCAUUCCUCCCCCAUCCCCUCUGACUCUCGCUCUUUUUAUUAUUAUUAUUAUUGUUAUUAUAUUAUUAUUUCAUUUUUUUGUAUUCUUCCCCCACUCCCUCCGUUUCCAAUAAAGACUGCCUGUCCUCCAUCACAGAAGCGUUUCAUCAUCUUUUGUUCUGUUCAGCUUGCUUUGUUUCUUUUUUCUUUAUGUUUUUUUUUUGUCCCGUAAUAGUUUUUCAUUUGUCGUGAAUGUCACAGUGCACUUCCAAAAGGUUAAUCCCAAGCACAUCCUUUUUAGACUAAAGAACAAAGGAAAGUGCACACACACACUCAUUAAACAUGCACCACAACACCACCUUGCUGAAGCCACAAAGUGGUUGUACCUAAAUAUAUCAUAGUGUGGACCUUACACUUACAAAUCCUAAUCAAGAUUGAUGAAUGUAUUUUGCCUAUGAAAGCUGUAUGUCAUAAUCAAUUUAUUAUAAAAUGCUGUUUUUAAGAUUAGAGAAAAUUGUAUUUUGUUUUUACUAGUGGUUAGACUGUCAACUCCAACAUCUGAGGCAGAUUAUAACCCAUGACCGAUGAUAUGGCAUGUAUCCCUGCUCCUUAUCUUCAGAUGCAUACGCGAGUGUAUGUGUGUGUGUAUUUAGAAUGUGUGUGAUUCAGCUUGUACUGGCAAUCACUUGGCCCUCAGUGCACAGAGGGUGAAUUGGCAUUGGCACAAGUAUGAAGUAGCUGAAGCGGGAGUUGAGUGCAGUUGGGAGCGUACCGAAGCACUGUUGGAAUAUUGGGGCUUUGUUGUUUCAGUGGCGUGAUGGGCUUAGAGGUUCCCCCUUGUAAAGCAUAGUCAUGAGAAGAAAAGUUAGUUGAGGUUUUGGGUUUCUUAGAUGAGUGAGAUUUACUUCCUGCCUGUGAAAGACUUAGUAAUAAUCCCAUUGGUCUUCAGGGCAUCAGCCUUAAUGAGCUCACGGUAGGCGAGAGGGCACGUGAGGUCAGCGGUUUGUGCAAUCAGCUGGGGGCUGCCUGUGUUGUGCAGCGUCCCAGAGGCCCAGGUUCUCUUCCCAGAGGCCCAGAUGUGCACAACCCCGAGUCCCAAGUUCUCAUCCAUCCACAGAGCACUUCCAAUGGAUAGAGUUUGCUCAGUGUAGAUAUAAUCAGCAGCAUUGGAGAAUCUAGUCACUUAAGUUCAGUGAUUCUCCUCAUUCUCCUCAGCCACCUGCAGACUUAGCAGAGGGGAAAUCAGAUCAGGGCAGUUCUGUGAUGGUGGGUUGCCUUGACACCCGCCCAGCUGGCUGACCAGGGCUUCAGGCGGCAAAGGGGAUACAUGCUCCUCAACUCCUGCUUAGUCUGCAGUUCAUUUCCCCAAACAGAAACUCUGUCCAAAAGAUCCCGUGGGUUUCUACCUGUUAGCAGGCCUGGCACCAAUUGCGUUUAGGUGAAGAGGUGCUCUGUCAGAAAGAGAGAAUUCUGCCCCUUAGUAUCAGAGAUGGGAGAGAACUCUGUCCCCUUCUACACACACCAACACUCACAACACACACCCAUCACACAUCCCUCAUCUCGUUUGUGUUGUUCCAUCGCUCCCCCAUUCCACGUUCCCCGCUCCAGCUUCCCUCGUCCCCCCCUGCCUGUUUGUGCCUGUCUCACGCGCCCGCGUAUGUGUCAUGAACGCCUCCGCUCCGUCCACUCCAGGAGUGUGCUGUCUCCUCUGUCCCACAGCACAAAGACUCGGUGGCAUGCUCUCUGGUUUUUGUCCUUUCUUUUGCUCUCUCCUCGGUUUGACUUCACAUCUGUGUGCAUGUGUGUGCCCAUGAGAAGGAAUGACAGAGAAGGUUUUCUGACACCAACACCAAAAAAAAAAAAGAAAAAAAACCCAACCAAACCAAAUCUC